AUGGAUGACGAUAAUGGCAAUAACGUUUUAGAUAAUCCAGGAACAUAUGGCGGCCAAGAAAGCACAAUCAACAUCGAACUCGAUUCUGUAUACGGUCCUUUCAAAGUUGUCAACCAAAUUCCAGAAAUUUUAUUCCCUUUUAUGGCUGAUAAAGCAUUUGAGAUAUUCAUUCCAAUAAAAAUCAUUAUAGAAUCAUACGAAGCUAUUAAAUUGCAUCAGCUCGUCGGAAAUAAUGUUUAUCAGUGCACAUCUUCCCUUAUUGCAGCUAUUUUUCAUCAAGGCAUUAUUAUCGCCAACCAACUUGAAAAUGGACAGAUCGAAUUUUCCGGAAAUCGCUUAAUAAUUGUUUUUGAUGCAGAUUGGAAUGUAACUCAAACAGAAAGAUACCCAUUACAACAAAAACCUGAUGAAAUGUUUGUAGGAGUCACAUUGAUAUUCAAAGUUACACAAGAAAUGCAAAAAUUCGACUCUGCAAAGAAUUAUGAUAUUAAAUCAAAGUCAGGAAAAGGUUCUCAUGGUAUUGCUAUCAUUUAUGCUGAACCAGCAUUAGUGGAACCACAGUGCUUAGAUCAAACAUCAAUGGAUUGCGUUGCUUUUUAUGCAAAACCACAAUACGAUGAAAUGGAAUUAAAUUGGCUCAAGUUUGGCUUUUCAGGAGAAGUUAUGAGCAAUUACGAUAUAAGAAACUUCGAAGAUUACGAUUUACCUUAUGAGAACUGGUUAACUCAAAGAUUUAAGAAGGCAUCUCUUUAUUUCGAUACUAUUGACUCUAGAUACGAACUUACCGCGACACAAGGUGGAAAAGUGUUUAAAUUAUCUCAAUUAUUAGAUAAUGCUCCUUCAUUAGGUCAAAUCAGAUCAGAAGGAUCGCCUCUUAAGGAAGAUAAAAAGAUGCUUAUCGUUGAUGGCCUCGAUUGGCCAACGAUUAUUUGGGGCGAAAAAACGAUUACAAUUAACGAUGUUCAGUAUGGUCCAAUUCAUAGCUACUUCUGGGCCAAGCGUAAGCGUAUUAUCGCCUAA